ACUGCGAGCCGAUCCGAGCCGCGCCGAUCGCCAUCCGGCCCCGGCCCCCUCGCGCAGUCCUAGCCGGCGGCGCGGCCCGGCGGGCCCGGCGGCGCCGCAGCCCAUGGAGCUCGAGAACAUCGUAGCGAACACGGUGCUACUCAAGGCCCGGGAAGGUGGCGGUGGGAAUCGUAAAGGCAAAAGCAAGAAAUGGCGGCAGAUGCUACAGUUCCCCCAUAUCAGCCAGUGCGAAGAGCUGCGGCUCAGCCUCGAGCGUGACUACCACAGCCUGUGUGAGCGGCAGCCCAUUGGGCGCCUUCUGUUCCGAGAGUUCUGCGCCACGAGGCCUGAGCUGACUCGCUGCAUUGCCUUCCUGGACGGGGUGGCCGAGUAUGAAGUGACCCCUGAUGAGAAGCGGAAGGCGUGUGGGCUACGGCUCAUGCAGAAUUUUCUGAGCCACACGGGUCCCGACCUCAUCCCCGAGGUCCCCCGGCAACUGGUGACAAACUGUGCCCAGCGGCUGGAGGAGGGACCCUGCAAAGACCUCUUCCAGGAGCUGACUCGGUUGACCCAUGAGUACCUGAGCGUGGCCCCUUUUGCCGACUACCUCGACAGCAUCUACUUCAACCGUUUUCUGCAGUGGAAGUGGCUGGAAAGGCAGCCAGUGACCAAAAACACCUUCAGGCAGUAUCGAGUCCUGGGCAAAGGCGGCUUUGGGGAGGUAUGCGCCUGCCAGGUGCGGGCCACAGGCAAGAUGUACGCCUGCAAGAAGCUGGAGAAGAAGCGGAUCAAGAAGCGGAAAGGGGAAGCCAUGGCACUCAAUGAGAAGCAGAUCCUGGAGAAAGUGAACAGUAGGUUUGUAGUGAGCUUGGCCUAUGCCUAUGAGACCAAGGACGCACUCUGCCUGGUGCUGACGCUGAUGAACGGAGGUGACCUCAAGUUCCACAUCUACCACAUGGGCCAGGCUGGCUUCCCUGAGGCUCGGGCUGUCUUCUAUGCGGCAGAGAUCUGCUGUGGCCUGGAGGACCUGCACCGGGAACGUAUUGUGUACAGGGACCUAAAGCCAGAGAACAUCCUCCUAGAUGACCAUGGUCACAUCCGCAUCUCUGACCUGGGGCUGGCUGUGCACGUACCCGAAGGCCAGACGAUCAAAGGCCGUGUGGGCACCGUGGGCUACAUGGCCCCAGAGGUGGUAAAGAACGAACGGUACACCUUUAGCCCAGACUGGUGGGCACUCGGCUGCCUCCUGUAUGAGAUGAUCGCAGGCCAGUCGCCCUUCCAGCAGAGGAAAAAGAAGAUCAAGCGGGAGGAAGUGGAGCGGCUGGUAAAGGAGGUGCCCGAGGAGUACUCUGAGCACUUCUCCCCACAGGCCCGCUCACUCUGCUCCCAGCUCCUCUGCAAGGACCCCUCUGAACGCCUGGGGUGUGGUGGGGGCGGCGCCCAAGAGGUGAAGGAGCACCCCCUCUUCAAGAAGCUGAACUUCAAGCGGCUGGGAGCUGGCAUGCUGGAACCACCCUUCAAGCCUGAUCCCCAGGCCAUUUACUGCAAAGAUGUUCUGGACAUUGAACAGUUCUCCACAGUUAAGGGUGUGGAGCUAGAGCCCACUGACCAGGACUUCUACCAGAAAUUUGCCACGGGCAGUGUGCCCAUCCCCUGGCAGAAUGAGAUGGUGGAGACCGAGUGCUUCCAGGAGCUGAACGUCUUCGGGCUGGAUGGCUCGGUUCCCCCAGACCUAGACUGGAAGGGCCAGCCGCCAGCACCCCCCAAAAAGGGACUGCUGCAGAGACUCUUCAGUCGCCAGGACUGCUGUGGAAACUGCAGCGACAGUGAGGAAGAGCUUCCCGCCCGCCUCGAGCUCCCCACCCGCCUCUAGCCCCCAGCCUGAGGCCCCCCCGGGCGGUUGGCGGUAGCAGCUACUGCGAACGCUGUUUACAGUUUUGCACAGUGGUCUUCCCCAUUGUCCACUCAAGUCAUGGCCUGGGAGACAAAGUCGGAGCUGUCCCCAGUGCCCUCUGUCCCGGAGCCCCUGGUCUGGCUGAGUGGUCAAGGCCUGGGCUGUCCCCUGGGACAAAGGUGCGUCCCUUCAGCUCUUGUCUGUGGAGCUCGGGGCUUUCUGUAUUUAUGUCUUUGUAUGAAUGUAUAUAGCAACCAGAGCAUUCUUAAGACUCACCCUGGAGCCGGCAGAAGGGCUGCUGCCGCACACUCCAGGCACCUCAGGCCCAACUUGGAUGGGCAAAGUUGGGCCAGGCCAGGCCAGGCCCCUGGGCCCUCAGCACUGUGCUUGCCACCGCCGACCUCCGAGUGAGACUCGUGCCUGCCGCUGCCACCCUGGGUUUAGGCCGCCACCUCUGGGGCCCAAUACCGUCCCUUCUCAGCGCCUGUCAGAGCUGGAUCUGGGACCACUGGGUCCCCUAGGCCUGUGCCAAAGUGUGACGAGAGACUGGGCUGCCCCUGGGACCCCUCAGUCCACUGCCCAGGCUGUCCCAGACGGGUCUGCCUCUGCCUUCCAGCUCCCGGGACACCUCGUCCCUUGUGCUGGGCCCUGUCCUGGAGUCACCUCUUGCAGAACAGCCCAGCCCAGGCCACAGGAAGGGAAGGGGUGGGGGUGACACUGACCAACCCUCAAACAUUCCAGACUCCCCUCGAAACAGACACAUGUGCCCAGCAAUAAUCCGCCCCUCCCUGUGUGUGUGUGUGUGUGUGUGUGUGUGUGAGAGAGAGAGAGAGAAAGAAGGGGGCAGGCUGAGGCUGUGUGCCUGCAUCCCAGCCCCAGCCCUUCCCAGACUGAUGGCCCUCUUGGUCCCAGUGUUAAUGGUAAUGUGGGAUUCAGGGCCCCAGUUUUUCCAUAUUUAAGGCCGAUUUUUAUUACUCAUUUUGUCCAAUGUAAGCUGCCACGUGUCUCUGUGUGAAUACAGUCCGAGCACAAACCUG